AUGAGUUUAACAGAGAAAAACAAUGGACAAACAAUCCAAAUGACCUUUGGCCAGAAACAAAAGAUUACUUUAAAUGGAAACCCGACCACUGGAUAUAGUUGGAUGGUAAUUGAAUCUACUGGUGUUACUGCUGAUAUCGAUUACGUUCAAGACCCAUGUGAACCAGGCAUGUGUGGUGUCCCGGGUACUUAUACCAUCACUCUGACUGCCACUCAAAGAGGUGAAGGUCAAAUCGUUUUAGCUUAUAAGAGAGCUUGGGAAACUAAAGCCCCAGCUUCCAAAUUCUCUUUAAAAUUAUCGAUUCUUUAA